CCCAAUCCAUACCCAAAAAACUACUGCAUAUGAAAUCAAAACCCUAGUUAAUUCAACUCUUCCCCUUGCGAGCCCCUCUCUCUGCUCUCUCCUAUCGACGAAACCACAAAGGAAGAGAGAGGAAGCUCAAAAUCUACUUACAUCCCCGGUCCAGCUAAUUAAUCCAUUGAUCAACUUUUGAUUAACCGUUGAAGGGUCGUAGUCGGCGGAGUUAAAAAUGCAGUCCAACGGAGCUCCUACAGCCAUGGAAGUCGAAGCAGGUUCAUCUGCACCAAAUUCAUUGCCUGGGACUUUACCACCCAAGCCAUCGUUUGCGCCUUUGAAGGCUCAUGAGAUGUCAGAUGGACAAGUCCAGUUCCGGAAAGUCUCUGUUCCGCCGCAUCGUUAUUCUCCCCUCAAGAAAGCAUGGAUGGACAUAUACACCCCAAUUUAUGAGCAGAUGAAGAUAGACAUUCGUAUGAAUCUCAAGGGUCGCAAAGUUGAGUUGAAGACUAGAGCUGACACACCCGAUGUAAGUAAUCUACAGAAGUGCGCUGAUUUUGUUCAGGCUUUCAUGCUGGGUUUUGAUGUUAUAGACGCCGUUGCCCUUUUGCGGAUGGAUGAGCUCUAUGUAGAGUCUUUUGAGAUCAAGGACGUUAAAACACUCCGUGGGGAGCACUUGUCUCGUGCUAUAGGAAGGCUUUCCGGUAAGGGUGGUAAAACAAAGUUUGCAAUCGAGAAUGCUACGAAGACAAGGAUUGUGAUUGCUGACACCAAGAUUCACAUACUGGGAUCUUUUGCAAAUAUUAAGGUUGCAAGGGAUUCUCUUUGCAGCCUUAUCUUAGGGUCCCCUGCCGGAAAAGUGUAUUCGAAAUUAAGAGCAGUUACUGCUAGAUUGGCGGAAAGGUUUUAAUUUCGGUUUUGUGUCACCUUAGACGUUUGUCUUGAGUUAUGCUAAGCCAAUUAUAGUUUUGAGUAUUUUGAGGAUGCUUGUAAGAGGUUUUGUAACAUCAUAUGGACCAUCUAGUAAAAAAACUUUUUUUUCUUGGA